AUGUCAGGCACUCGCGAAGAAAUGGUUAAAUCUGCUCUGAAAUUAUGUUUAAAUGUUGUAAAAUCUUAUGAAUGGUUAUUAGAUCUCUAUGUUUUGGACUUUUUCGUUGACGAUCACUGGAUGAAGCUACCAAAGUUGUGGCGAGAUUCUUUCUCAGAAAUGGAUCCACAAGACCUCGGCAAUAUCCUUAUUGGUCAUCUUGUGAGGAUAUUAACUUAUAAAUAUAAUCUAUCAACAAUGGGCAUAGAAAUGCAGACUAAGUUAUCUGAAGAAGCUAGGAAACUUGAUCUAGAAUUGGAGUACACAGUGAAAAAAUACAUAUCUGAGGAGUCUAUAUCUAAAUUGCUGCGACCAAUUCACUUUAACAUAACUUUAUCUUCAUUAGACCAAUUAAAUGAAAUAUCAUUGUCAAAACAUUUGCAUAAUUAUGGGUUAAUAGGCUUGCAUCCGUGUGGAGAUUUAGGUCCUUUAUUGAUAAAGCAUUUUCUCAGUUCAGAGAAAGUUAGAUUUAUAUGUGUUGUUGGCUGCUGUUAUAUGAAAUUGUCAAAUAAUUGUGGAUAUCCUUUGAGUCAAUAUGCAAAAAGCAAAGAUAGCCACUUGUCAUAUGUCAGUAGAGAAAUAGCGUGUCAUGCAAUUGAAACAUAUACACAGAAGCUAUGCAUAGGAGACUAUAAAGAUUUGAAGGUACACGCAUAUAGGGCUGCUCUAGAAAAGUUAUUAAUACAAAUGGACCCAACAUUAAAGCAUAUGCCAAUCAGGAGUGUAAAACAUACACAAAAUAUGACAUUUGAAAGCUACUGUACAGCAGCUCUUGAAAAAUUAUCAUACCAGACUUUGUAUGAUGAAAAUAUAGAAGAAGACUUAAAACAAUGGAAGCGAGUGGUUGUUUUGUACACUUUAAGGCUUAUGUUAGCACCGCUUGUGGAAACAGUUAUACUGCUGGAUAGAAUGCUUUAUAUCUUAGAGCAUGGUAUAUCUUGUGAGAUCUACCCAGUAUUCGAUCCAAAGAUAUCUCCACGCAAUCAUAUCAUAGUGGGAAGAAGAACA